AUGGAGGCUCAGGCCGAACACUUCACCUCCAAAGAGCAGGUCAUCGACAAUGUACCCCGCCGCAUCAAAUCCCUCCAAUUCGGCCUGCUCAGUCCGCAAGACAUCGUGGCCAACUCGGUGUCGCAGAUUGUCGAUCGCAACCUCUACGACUUGCAGCUGCAGCCUGGCGCACCGCGAAACAUCACCAAGCAAGGCCCGUUAGACCCGCGACUGGGCACUUCAUCGAAGAAUGGAACAUGUGCGACUUGCGGUCAAGGAUUGAAAGAGUGCAAUGGCCAUUUCGGACAUGUGAAGCUGGCACUUCCGUGCUUCCACUAUGGAUAUCUCAAGAGAAUCAUCGAGGCCAUGAACUGCGUCUGCAAAACGUGCAGUAAAGUUCUGCUGCCCGAGAAAGAGAAGCGGAAUUAUCUAAAGGCCCUGCGAAGGCCCGGUCUGGACGGAUUGCGGAAAGAUGUCAUUACGAAGAAGAUCUCGGCGGAAUGCAGAAAGGUCAAAUAUUGCCCUCACUGCAGUUCUCUGAACGGACCUGUGAGGAAAGUGGCUGGCCAUCCGAUCAAGAUGUUUCACAAUCGAUGGGCCGUAUAUACAAAUUCCAACGCCAAGAGCAAAGUCAAGCCUCAGGAAAUGCAGGCGUUUGAGAGGACAUUUGAAGAGGCCAUCAAAGCCGACAAGGAUGUUGAACGACACAUGAAGCGCGCCACCGACGAUCUGACGCCACUGCGCGUCUUGAACAUUCUCAAAAAGGUGCCAAAUGCGGAUGUCGAACUGCUCGGUAUGGAUCCCCACAGUGGCGGUCGACCCGAGCAUAUGAUCUGGACGCACAUUCCCGCUCCUCCAGUAGCCAUCAGACCAUCUGUGGCGCAAGAGACAGCCAGCACCGAGGACGAUAUCACGAACAAGCUUGGUGACAUAAUCCAGAUCAAUGGUCUCAUCGCUGCCACACUUCACGCCGGCCAGCAUCUGUCGAAGGUGAUGGACAUGUGGGAGUUUCUCCAGGUACAGAUUGCCAUGUACAUCGAUGGCAAUCUGCCGGGCCUCGGAAGAGACAGUGCUUACGGCAAGGCCAUGCGAGGUUUCUGCCAGAGGUUGAAAGGCAAGCAAGGUCGAUUCCGAGGCAACUUGUCUGGAAAACGUGUCGACUUCUCUGGACGUACUGUCAUCUCUCCAGAUCCAAAUCUCUCCAUUGACGAGGUUGCCGUUCCGUCUCGAGUGGCAGUCAAUAUGACAUAUCCCGAGAGAGUCACCAAACACAAUAUCGAGAAGCUAAAGGCUUGCGUAGGACGUGGCGACAAAGUCCAUCCGGGAGCCAACUACAUCAUCAAAGGUAGGGACAAACGACGUCUUGUGCUACGCAUGGUCGGCCAGCGAGGCGAUCUCAAAAAGGUCGCAGAUCAGCUCGAGAUUGGCGAUACGGUGGAGCGACAUCUGGAAGACGGUGACAUUGUUCUCUUCAACCGUCAGCCAUCCCUCCACAAGCUUUCCAUCCUCUCCCACAGAGCUAAAAUCCGGCCAUGGAGGACAUUUCGACUGAACGAAUGCGUUUGCAAUCCCUACAACGCCGACUUCGAUGGUGACGAGAUGAAUUUGCAUGUUCCUCAAACGGAAGAAGCCCGAACGGAAGCGACUGAAUUGAUGGGUGUGAAGCACAAUUUGGCGACACCAAAGAACGGCACACCUAUCAUUGCUGCCAUACAGGAUUUCAUCACAGGCGCAUACCUGGUGAGCCAGAAAGACCUGUUCUUCAGUCGCAGACAAUUCACUCAAGUCGUUGGCUUCAUGUAUAAUGCCAUGCAAGUCAAAGAUCCCUACACUGGCGAAGAGUAUCCGAUUCAGAUCCCACCCCCUGCAAUCUGGAAGCCGCAGUGCUUGUGGACAGGAAAGCAGGUGUGGAAUCUAUUGAUCAAGCCGCACCCCAAAUACCCUGUGAAUGUCAAUCUCGAAGCCAAGCUGAAGCAAUACGCACCUCCCACCCGAAAAGGCGAUAUCCCAGACAUGGUCGAUACAGAUUCGUAUCUCGUCAUCCGCAACAGCGAGGUCAUGUGCGGUGCCUUUGACAAAGCGACAAUCGGAGAUGGCAAGAAAGACAGUGUCUUCUAUGUGAUUCUACGUGACUUUGGUCCUGAAUAUGCCGCAGCCGCCAUGACACGUCUCGCAAAGCUCUCCGCUCGAUGGCUCGGCGAACAAGGCUUUUCGAUCGGCAUCAGCGACGUCUACCCCAGUGACACGCUCACGAAGCGGAAGCAAGCACUUGUCGAUGCCGCUUACAAACAGUGUGACGAGAUCAUCGACAAGUAUAAAAAGGGCAAGCUGGAGCGCAGUGCCGGUUGUGACGAAGAACAGACCAUGGAGAUCUUGCUCUCAGGUAUUCUCAGCAAAGUUCGACAGCAGUGUGGUGACGCUUGUUUCGCAGAGCUCAGCAAAUUCAACGCGCCCAUGACCAUGGCCAAGUGUGGUUCGAAGGGUUCCAACAUCAACGUGUCGCAAAUGGUCGCUGCAGUCGGACAACAAAUUAUUGGUGGCAAACGUGUCCUUGAAGGAUUCCAGGACCGAACACUGCCUCAUUUUCCAAAGGCCAGCCGAGAUCCAUUGGCUAAAGGCUUCGUUUUCGACAGUUUCUUCAGUGGCUUGACGCCCACCGAGUUCAUCUUCCACGCCAUGUCUGGGAGAGAAGGUUUGGUCGAUACUGCCGUGAAGACUGCAGAAACUGGAUACAUGUCUCGUCGACUGAUGAAGAGUUUGGAAGACUUGAGCGCUCAGUACGACUUGACGGUCCGCAACUCGUCGUCAGGCGUGGUGCAAAUGAAGUUUGGAGACGACGGUCUUGAUCCCGUCGACAUGGAAGGUAGCGCAAAGCCUGUGAACUUUGAGAGGACCUGGAUGCAUUCCAUCACCAGUACCUGGGACAACGCCGAACGCGCUCUGACCCAGAGCGAAAUCGAAACCUACGUCAACACCACUCUCAACAAGGAGCGCGCCAAGCUGGGUCGUUUCACGGAGGAUCGAAAACCACUCCCGUAUGACGAUGAUAAGCCAAUGUCCACCGAUCAAUCGGAAUACAGCAGACAAUUCUUGGAUGUCGUGACCAACUUUAUCAUGGACAAAGUAUCUAAGAUGGUCAGCACGCAAAAUCGACUAAAAAACAGCGACGGCGUGUUCAAGCUAUCGCAGGCUGCUUUGGAUUGCUUUCUACACCUUUGCUUGCACAAGUUUGAAAAGUCAAAAACCGAAGCUGGACACGCUGUUGGUGCCGUUGGAGCACAGUCCAUUGGUGAGCCUGGAACACAAAUGACGCUCAAGACCUUCCAUUUUGCUGGUGUCGCUGGUAUGUCUAUUACGCAGGGAGUGCCUCGUAUCAAGGAAAUCAUCAACGCAAGCAAAGUGAUCAGUACGCCUGUCAUUACGUGUGCUCUCGACUCGAAGUACGAAGAAAUGGCGGGCAGAUUCGCAAAAGCGCUGAUCGAGAAGACGUAUUUGGGAGACAUUGUUGAUUAUGUGGAGGACGUCUGGCAUGCGAACGGAUGCUACAUCAACAUGCGAAUCAACUGGGCUCAAGUCGAGAACCUUGGUCUUCGCAUCAGCAUGUACGAAAUCCUCAAUUGUAUUGAGCGCACGAAAGGAUUCAAGACGCUAGGUGUCUCUGCACGACCCUCAGGUCAUCACCACAUUCGCGUCAACAUGAGUCCGCCCGAUGACCGACCAAAGCCACGUCGAGCGAUUUCAGGUAAGCCUCGCGGUCCAGAACCCGACAGCUCGGAGCUCAUGUUCAUGCACUUGCACUCCCUCAAGCGGAAGCUACCAGCGGUCGUGGUCAAGGGCUAUCCUGAUGCGCAGCGUGCGAUCAUCAAGAAGGACGACAAGAAGGACUCGACUGGCCAGGAACCAAUCUCGGUCCUUGUGGAAGGAUACGGACUGCAACUCUGCAUGACUACUGAAGGUGUCGAUGGAUACCACACCAAGAGUAACAACGUGAUGGAGAUGCGUGACGUGCUUGGUAUCGAAGCAGCACGCAAAACAAUUAUCGACGAAAUCAGCUCUGUCAUGGGAGGUAUGGACAUCGAUCCCCGACACAUGCAACUUUUAGCCGAUGUCAUGACCUAUAAAGGUGAGGUUCUUGGUAUCACUCGGUUCGGUCUGGCCAAGAUGCGUGACUCGGUGCUUCAGCUCGCAUCUUUCGAAAAGACACCAGAUCAUUUGUUCGAUGCUGCGGCCAGGAUGAAGAAGGACGACAUCGAGGGUGUGUCUGAAUGUAUCAUCAUGGGUCAGAGCAUGAGUGUGGGUACUGGCGCUAUGAAGGUGGUGCGGCCUGUGUAUAUUGUAGAUGAAGCAUAG